GUCUCACUGUACUUGCACGGCCUCAACUACGAAGUGGUGAAAACAACGAGGGCAGCAGGUGAUUGUUUCUGGGCUUGUGCAAAUACCUGACUGUUGAUAUGAUGUCUGAAGCAACUUGCCUGAUUCUGGGAUAUCGGUGAACUUCCCAGGGACGUGAGGAGUCAAGUUAGCAACAGCAUGGACUCGAAAGUCACGCCUCUUCGAGGGAAAGACCCGAUCUCUUUCAAACGCUUGAUGGCCCUAAAAUCGAUUGGCGAUGAUGUUUUCCAGUCACUGACCGCUGCUUGGCCACCUGCACCGUUCCAACGAGCAUUCGGCGGCCAUGUCUACGCCCAAGCCAUGUACGCUGCAAGCAGGACGGUGGAAAAAGGACUCGUCUUACAUUCAAUAACGGGCUACUUUAAUCUUCCCGGGGCAAUAGACCUGCCAUUUGUCUAUCGCGUACGGAGGCUUCGAGACGGAGGGAUAUACUGCCUCAGAUCAGUCGAUGUAUAUCAGCAAUCCAGCGCUGCCGGGCAAGGAUCUCAGCCAUGUUUCACAGCUACGAUGUCAUUCAAACGGUCAGAGAAGAACAAUGGCAAAUGGCGAGAUUUCGAACAUCAAAACGUGUCCAAGGAGCAUAUCAGGAAGGAUUAUAGCAGUGUCUUGGACGGGUUGGCUCCUCAGGACCACCCCCUAGCCCCAGGGGCUGACUCACAGUGGUGGGAGGAGCAAGAGGCUGAGCGCUGGAACAAAACGGCGGCAGCGUUCCCAGGUGUCGAGAUGAGGAGGGUGGAUAUGCACAAGCACAACGGAAUUGUGGAACGUGGUGGUGGUACGGAUGGGCAAGGCGCGUCGAGGUGGCGAGCUCUGCAUUUCUAUCGGCUCAUACAAGAUGAAGAAGACACGAACCUCCAAGAAGAGACUGAUCUGAACCUUCAUGCCGCGGCUCAUUUGUAUGCGUCAGAUCGCAAUUCGCUUUUCCUCGUGCAGAGGGCACUGGGCUAUGAGCAUGUGCCAACUACUAUGGCAUCGCUGUCACACACGGUCGUCUUCCACGGUCUCGCGGAACAUUUGUGUUUGGUGGACGAGGCAAGGACGUCAAAGUGGUUUGUCCAGGAGGCGUGGACAAGUCACAGCGGUGAUAAUCGUGGUUGUCAUAAUAGUCGACUUUGGGAUCAUGCGAGUGGGAGAGUCAUCGCGACGACAAUACAGGACGGGAUGCUCAGAUUUCCGAGUCAUUUGUAAAGAGAGGGAGGGGAGCUCUUGAGACCUGAAUGGAUUAAACAUAGCAAGCUUCAACCAAGACUAGAUAACCAGUCUGGCUGGACAUUGGGAGGGAGGACUCCUUGAAGGCAAAGAAUUCGAGAUCUAUGUACGAUGUCAGAUGGGAAAGUUAGCAGAGUAAAAUCAAUGCUGGUAAAUG